AUGAAGCUCAGUCUCGCUGCUACCGCUGGGUUUCUCCUCGCCUCGGGAUAUGUCCUUGCGUAUCCGUCGACUUUUGCGGAGCGCUCUCUCAGACGCGGUCGUCCCGCCCUUCCGGUGGACGUAGCGGCGCAGGAGCCCACUCCUGCAGGUCUCGCUGCUGAUGCGAACCCGACAGUGAUGAGCGGUAAUUGGGCGGGAGUUGUGCUUCCCUCUCCUCCCACAGGACAGAACUUCACUGGGGUCUCAGGCACGUUCAACUUUCCCUCGCUCGCGAAUAGCUCGUACGCAGCUGCGUGCGCGUGGAUAGGGAUCGACGGGUGGUCGACCUCUCGGACCGAAGGCCUGUUCCAGGCUGGAGUCAAUUUCUGGACGGAGGAUGACAAGCUGACCUACGAUGCGUGGUAUGAAUGGGUCCCCGACACGUCGUACAACUUCACGGAUUUCGGUAUCUCGGCGGGGGAUGUGCUGACGUUCCGGCUGUUUACGUUGAGCGAUAGCGCGGGCACGAUCUACUUGGAGAACGAGAGUACGGGGCAGGUGGUGACUAAAGACCUAUCGGCGCCGCCUUCACCACCAUUCACUGAUCCUCAAUUGUCGCUGCAGAGCCCCGAGUGGAUCAUGGAGGACUUCUUCUGGUACGGGCAGGUUCCGCUUGCAGACUUCGGCUCAAUCGUCUCACGGAUGCGUUUGCGAUGACGAGCGCGAGUGGCACGGUCGGCCUGAGGGACGGCAUGAUCGUCAACCUCGUUCGCACCGGAAACGAUGGCCAGGCUGUUACCAGGACAGAUGUGAGCAUCGAGAACAACUCCUCGGCCACCAUCAAGUACAUCCCGGUAGCGUGAUUGUAUCGAACGUUGGUUGAGAGAACAGAACUGGGGUACGAUACCAUCACAACCUCGACGGUGGGCGAGCAUACUUACUGAGAGACGAAUACCAGCAACUUCGGUCUUCCCGGUGCCUCCUUGCGUUUGGAGCGUCCUUGUGGUGGUGUCAGCCUUCGUGGAUCUAUCCUCGAUCAAGAGAGUCGCCUCACGUCAGCCCUUGCACGCUCGGUUUUUUCCUCUCCGGCAAUCAUUGUCGCGCCUUUGUCAACUUGCCGCAGCACGAUGUCGCGCCCGCGGCCCGGCGGCGUUGAAUGUCAACUGGGCAUGAGGCGCCCCGCCCGCAACCUUCCUUUGUACGCUAUCCUAGGUAUCCAAAGUCCCUGGAUGCUGCAGCAGCCCGGUACGCCCGAAGACGUCCAUGUCACUUGCCUGAUAUAGCAAUCUCGGCGGCGGGCCUGCCACGAGAAGGAAAGUUGGAGAAGUCGCCCAACCACAGUGAUCGCAG